AUGGCUCUCAAGCGCAUCAACAAGGAGCUCGCUGACCUCGGCCGCGACCCUCCCUCGUCAUGCUCCGCCGGUCCAGUUGGUGAAGAUUUGUUCCACUGGCAAGCGACAAUCAUGGGCCCUGGCGACUCACCUUACUCGGGCGGCGUCUUCUUCCUCGCCAUCCACUUCCCCACCGACUACCCCUUCAAGCCUCCCAAGGUCAACUUCACCACCAGAAUCUACCACCCCAACAUCAACUCCAACGGCAGCAUCUGCCUCGACAUUCUGCGUGACCAGUGGAGUCCCGCGUUGACCAUCAGCAAAGUACUCCUCUCCAUCUGCUCCAUGCUGACGGACCCCAACCCCGAUGACCCGCUUGUCCCGGAGAUUGCCCACGUGUACAAGACAGACCGUCCGCGAUACGAGGCGACAGCCCGGGAGUGGACUCGCAAAACCACGUUUGGGCCCCUGGACACGCGGACGGACGGACACGUUCUCUUCUCUUCUCUUAUCGCUAAUCAUAAGUUCUUACGAGCCCUCUAUUCGCCUCAGCUGGUCUGCCUUUCGAUCCCCCAAAAGCCCUUUGAGGCUCCUGCCGAUACCAUGUCCUACGAUGCGUACUAUGUCUCCGACAAACCCACGGAGCGCGCGCGAUGGACGCCUCUCACACGGAUGCUCCUAUCCGGCGAGAUGACCCAGGAACGACAAAAGGAGCUCACACCACAGCAAAAAUUCGGUCGCUGGAUGAUCAACGAAGGGUAUCGUCGGUUCUUUGUCUUUGUGUUCAGCCUCGCACAUGCGCUCAUCUUUGCGUUUGGCUGCGUGCACUACUCCAUGAAAGAGAGUCUUAAAUCCUCACAGCGAGAAAUAGGCUUCACAUUUGUGGUGGCCAGAGCGGCGGCGCUCGUGCUACAUGUGGACGUGGCCAUCAUACUGCUGCCCGUGUGCCGGACGCUCAUCUCACUGCUGCGAAGAACGCCGCUGAACGGCAUCAUUCAGUUCGACAAGAACAUCACCUUCCACAAGGUCACGGCGUGGAGCAUCUUCUUCUUCUCAUGGCUGCACACAAUUGCUCACUGGGUCAACUUUGGGAAGGUCGCCGCCAAGAACGGACUGGGAUUCUAUGGCUGGCUCCUGGCCAACUUUGCCUCGGGGCCAGGAUGGACGGGCUAUGUCAUGCUCAUUGCGCUUACGGGCAUGGUGGCCACGUCCAUCGAGAAGACACGGAGGGCCAACUUUGAGCGUUUCUGGUACACGCACCACAUGUUCAUCGUCUUCUUCCUGUUCUGGGCGAUCCACGGCGCCUUCUGCAUGAUCCAGCCGGACGUGGCCCCCUUCUGCACCAGCCUGGGCGCCUCGGCGAUUGGCGUCUUCUGGCAGUACUGGAUGUACGGAGGCUUCAUCUACCUGGCGGAGCGCGUGGCGCGCGAGGUCCGUGGCCGACACAAGACGUACAUCUCCAAGGUCAUCCAGCACCCGAGCAACGUGUGUGAGAUCCAGAUCAAGAAGGAGAACACCAAGACGAGGGCGGGCCAAUACAUCUUCCUGUGCUGCCCGGCGGUGUCGCUCUGGCAAUACCACCCCUUUACGCUCACGAGUGCGCCGGAGGAGGACUACAUCUCCAUCCAUAUGAGGUGCGUUGGUGACUUCACCAAGGAGCUGGGCAAGACGCUCGGGUGCGACUGGGACAAAAAGGCCGAGACGAGCAAGGUUGUUGGUAUAAGCGGCAAGGACAACAGCAGCAGCAACAGCAACAGCAACAACAUGGACCCAAUGUUGCGACGCCCACUGCCCCGGGUUUACGUCGACGGCCCGUUUGGCUCGGCGUCGGAGGAUGUCUUCAAGUACGACGUGUCCAUUCUCGUGGGCGCGGGCAUUGGCGUGACGCCGUUCGCCUCGAUCCUCAAGUCCAUCUGGUACCGGAUGAACUACCCCAAGAAGCGGACGCGCCUCAGCAAGGUGUACUUUUUCUGGAUCUGCCGCGACUUUGGCUCCUUUGAGUGGUUCCGCUCGCUGUUGCUGGCAGUCGAGGCCCAGGACCUGGACAACCGGAUCGAGAUUCACACCUACCUCACGGCCAAGAUCAAGGCGGACGACGCGACCAACAUUAUGAUCAAUGACGCCAACGCCGACAAGGACACCAUCACGGGCCUGCGCAGCCCGACCAACUUUGGCCGGCCCAACUGGGACAUGAUCUUUCGCGGCAUCCGGAAACUCCACGCGCCCACGGACGCGGGUGUCUUCUUCUGCGGGCCCAAGGGGCUGGGGAGCGCGCUGCACGUGUACUGCAACAAGUACACCGAGCCUGGGUUCUCGUUUGUGUGGGGGAAGGAGAAUUUCUAG